CUUCAGAGAGCGCGUCCACUUUUGUGCGAGGGACGUCCGCGUGCGAGCGGAGAGAUUCGCGCUCGCGCUCGCGCAACCGGUACCAGUACAUGGAUGCGCUCUCGCAUACAUGUGCUCUCGACAGUAGAGCUACGGUCUGUUAAUGCAUGGUCUGGCGCCACCCUAGGGAGGCGCGCCUUCUCGUUUGAAAACCGUAGUUUUAGACUAAUCGUAAAGUUCCGCCCAUUUCGGACGUCAGUUAUUGACGUUACAAUCCAACUGUCGCACAACGCCACCCGGCGGUCUCAAACUGCGCUGCAUAUUCGGAUCAGAUGAGAAUGAGCCUCCAUCACUGGCAGCUGAUUUCCAGCAUCAUCCGAUCGUCUCAUGAAAACUGUUUAGAACCGAAUCGAUCUGAGGACUGAACGCAACACCCAGUGCGACAUGGCCCGAGAAAAAAAGGACAGAGACAGCUGGGGGUCUUUCGUUGAUAAGAAUGUGUAUGAUUGGAGUUCAGAAGAGGAAGAGACAGACGGGCGAGCACGCCCAGUGCAGGUGUUGGUGGUGAAGGACGAUCACACGUUUGAGCUGGAUGAGGCAGCGCUCAGUAAAAUCCUGCUGGCUGAAGAGGUCAGAGACAGAGAGGUGGUGGCCAUUUCUGUAGCAGGAGCCUUCCGCAAGGGCAAAUCCUUUCUCAUGGACUUUAUGCUGCGUUACAUGUAUAGCCAGGCCAGUGAUAAGUGGUGGGGGGAACCUGAUGAGCCUUUGACAGGAUUUUCAUGGAGAGGAGGAUCAGAGCGGGAAACCACAGGCAUUCAGAUCUGGAGUGAAGUCUUCCUAGUGGAUAAACCAGAUGGUAGCAAGGUGGCAGUGCUGCUAAUGGACACACAGGGAACCUUUGACAGCCAGUCCACCCUCCGUGACUCAGCUACAGUAUUUGCCCUCAGCACCAUGAUCAGCUCUAUGCAGGUGUAUAAUAUAUCUCAGAAUGUUCAGGAAGACGAUCUUCAGCAUCUGCAGCUUUUCACUGAAUACGGCAGACUGGCCAUGGAAGAAACAUUCCUCAAACCAUUUCAGUCAAUGAUCUUUCUGGUACGGGACUGGAGUUUCCCUUAUGAGUUUCCUUAUGGACAGGAAGGCGGAAUGAAGUUCCUGGAGAAAAGAUUAAAAAUCUCUGAGAACCAACACGAGGAGCUGCAGAACGUGAGAAAACACAUCCAUUCCUGCUUCACUAAUAUAUCCUGCUUCCUCAUGCCACACCCAGGACUCAAGGUGGCCACAAACCCACUAUUUAAUGGCAGAUUGAGGGAGAUCGAUCAAGAGUUUAUCAAUAAUCUGCAAGUGCUUGUUCCUUGGUUACUACGGCCCAAAAACCUGGACGUAAAAGAGAUAAAUGGAAGCAAAGUCAGCUGCCGUGGACUCCUGGAGUACUUCAAGGCAUAUAUCAAGAUUUACCAGGGAGAGGAGCUGCCACACCCCAAAUCCAUGUUACAGGCCACAGCAGAGGCGAAUAAUUUAUCUGCAGUGGCUGCAGCUAAAGAUCUGUACAUCAGGAAGAUGGAGGAGGUGAGUGGAGGAGAUCGUCCCUUCCUUGCACCAAGCGAGCUGCAGGCACGUCACUUGGACAUCCGUGAGGCGGCGUUGACAUUGUUUCGCGGGGUGAAGAAAAUGGGCGGGGAGGAGUUUAGCCGGCGUUACCUGCUGCAGCUGGAGGCAGAGAUGGAUGAGCUGUUCUUGCAGUACAUCAAACACAACGACUCCAAGAACAUCUUUCACGCGGCACGCACGCCUGCGACGCUGUUCGUGGUGAUCUUCGUGAUGUACGUGGCCGCAGGCAUCACCGGGUUCAUGGGUGUGGAUGUCAUCGCAAGCGUGUGCAACAUGGUGCUGGGCUUCGCACUCAUCACUCUGUGCACCUGGGCGUACAUCCGCUACUCAGGAGAAUACAGAGAACUAGGCGCAGUCAUUGACCAGGUGGCCGGAGCCCUGUGGGAUCAGGGAAACACAAAUGAGGCUCUGUAUAAGCUGUACAGUGUGGCUGCAAACCACAGGCAGUUGUAUAAUCAUGCCUUCCCUGGACACCAGACCGACCAACACCCUGAGCAGGACAAGAAACGAAACUGACUGGACACACAGUUUUACAAAAUGCAGAUGCACUGUGGACAGGGACAGUGGAGCAGAUGGUCAUAGAGAGAAAGUGAGAAGCGACUGUUCAAUGCUUUACUGCUACAACAGGAACAUAUCGCCACGAUCAGUCACCACGGCAACAUCUAGCCCACAGUCAGAUGGCACUGUGUUCAAAUCACAAACCAAAAUCAAACUCCAACAGAAUGCAGUAGAACAUCACUGUAUUAGUUCUCGACAUCCAACUCAUCAUUUCACUGACUCAUGUCUUCUCACUGUAAAUACUGUUUCUCUCUCUGACACACACAUGAAAGGAGUCUGGAUUAAAGUCUGUUCUUAUUUUGUAAUGGAUGUCGUUCGUUGAGUUCAGUGCUAUUUAUAAAGGGAAUAAAAUAUUUCAUGUUUCAAAAUUCAAGUUGCCACUAUUUUAUCAUACACAAUCCAGAUGAGAAUGUCAAUGACCAAACGUGAUAAAAGUGUUUAAUU